AUGCAAGUAGAAUCCGAGCUGGAGAAGAGUUCACCAGACAUAGGUGACGCCAUGAAGCUACUACACGAGAUGAGACAAGAAAACAAAGAUCAAACUAAAAAACUUGAACUUGGAAAAUCCAUCGAACUCUGCCAUCAAACUAUCUCCGAGUUAAGAAAAACUGUGGAUUCACAGUCUGAGGCUUUGAACAGGUAUAAAGACUUGUAUGAACAACUUUUGUUCGAACAUAAAAGGCUGCAAAUUAAAAUUGUUGAGCUGGAAGCCCGUCAAGACGAAACUGAGCAAUACUCUAGACUUAAUACAAUAGAAAUCCAUGGGGUUCCUGAGAAAGAAAAUGAAAAUGUUUUCAGUCUAGUUCAACAAGUCCGAAACAGUCUAAACAUACAAGUAAAGGAAGAGAUGGUGGAUGUCUGCCACAGACUUGGAGGGAAAAGUGGCGAAAGACCCCGAGGCAUCGUAGUGAAGUUUACAAGAAGAACAGUCAAGGAAGAGUUUCUACAAAAAAGGAGAGUCAAGAGAAAUCUGAAUACGUCUGACAUUGAUUUCCCAAGCGCAGCAAGUGUCAUCUAUAUAAAUGAGAGCCUUACUCCUACAAGACGGCGGAUAUUCAACGAAGUACGAUCGAUCAAGAAAGAAAAAGAAUUCACGUUCGUCUGGAUACGGAACGGCAAGAUCCUGGUCCGACCAUCAGAAGGUGUCAGCAGUGAGCAACUGGAACGACGUGGAGAAGCUGAGGAAGCUGCCGGCAGCAACAGGCUCGCCUCAAGCUCCAGUCCUUGUAUCACACGUGCUACCUCCCCCUCACACACAGGAGCCAAAGCCAUGGAUGCAACUGGUUCAACAGCAUCUCCCCCGCCGAACCGAGGUUCAGUGAACGCCGAGUUCACUGUAGCAACGGAAGAGAAGUACUUAUUGAAUUCGUCUGCUACUUGA